UAGAGAAGCUAAAAAGAAGGUUUUUAAAUAACUAGCCUACAGCUGUGAUAUUGAAAUUUGUCAGUGGACCUUUUUUUAAAUAUAAACUUGACUAUGUAUAGUGCAAUAUUAUAGUAAAUAAGUAGGUAUAUGCCAAAGAUAUUUUAAGUAGGGUUAUUAAUAUGUUCCUGAGUUGAAUUUGACCGGAAGAGGAAAUUAAAGAUGGCGGCUGCACCACCACAACAAUUCUGCGUAAGAUGGAACUCUUACCAUACAAACUUACAGGCCGUGUUCCCCCGUCUUCUACUGACGGAGCAAUUCGCCGACGUGACGCUAGCGUGCGAGUCUCGUCAGCUGCGCUGUCAUAAACUAGUACUGUCCGCCUGCUCUGCCUACCUGGAGCGGCUCUUACUGCAGAACCCCUGCAAGCACCCCAUCGUACUCAUGAGGGAUAUGAGGUUCAGCGAAAUGCAGGCCCUCGUGGACUUUAUGUACAAGGGCGAAGUCAACGUCACCCAGGAGGAGCUGCCGAGCCUGCUGAAGUCAGCAGAAGCCUUGCAGAUCAGGGGGUUGUGCUCCAGCGACACGUCAGGGUUGUCUCCGAGCCUGACCGGCAAGCAGGACACUAAAGACUUCACGGUGGCCAGCGAGGCCCUCGUGGCGCAGGCCCAGCAUACCAACACUAAUGGCACGACCCCACAAUCUCAUCAGACACAAAAAUCGAACCCGACGACACACAACGGACCCAAGAAGAGCAAAUCUGAAGAGCGGACUGUGAAAGAAGAGACGGUGGAAGAGGACGGAUUGUACUACGGCGAAUUGGACAACGACAACAUGGAAUAUAACGAGGAUGAAGAACCCGGCAAACCAGGCAGCAGUCUAGGACAGACAUCUGAGUCCGCAGAGUUCGCGAUAGCCAACGUGCAGUGCCAGUACGACAGCUCGGACACGGAGACGGCGGACGUGGAGCACGUGUCGGUGCGCCGGGACGACCACACCUACGACACGAGGGACGAGCCGCCCGCCUUCAUCAUACAACAUGUGCCGGCGUCGCAGCCGCCGGUGUCUCAGCCGUAUAUGGAGGUGUCGCCCAAGAUCAUGACCAUCGGCCCCUCGUACGUGCAGGCCGUCAACGUCAUACACGUCGGUGACAGACCACAGAUGCCCCAGUCGACACAAGCCGAGUGCAGCAUCAGUAAACGUAUCCGCCGCAGCGAGGUGGUGCUGCGCCAGGCCGCAGACUGCGUCAGCCGCGGACACACCUUCCAGACAGUGUCUGAGCAGUUCAACAUACCUAUAUCUACCAUACGAUUCUUUAUGGCGCGAAAGGGAAUAUUACCGAAGCGACGGCGAGGACGCAGUGCACAACUGAAGCCCUGCAAUAGUCCGGAGCCCCCGUUCCACAUGCAGCACUUCAAGCUGCCCGACAUGCUCGCCUUGAGGGAGUACUGCGACGAAGAUACCUCCACGACGAUGUAAAUAUGUCGGCCAUUAUGGUGGAUACGGUGGCACUGCGAAUAUCGGUGUUACUGCCUCGCGAUAGAGGCUAAUUUCAACUGGACUGAAUGGGAAAACCCUCUGGGUUUGGGCCUACCACUUAUCGGGAUGGCUAUGGCUGUUUCAAAACCUUCCGAUAGGCGGUAGCCCCCCUAGGCUGUAUGAGAAAAAAACUUGGACUUUGUGAG